AUGGUCCUUAUGGACAGGAAGCAAAAACCCUUCCCCGUGUUGAGCCUGAUGCCACAGGGUCAAAAAGUCUCGGUUCUCCAAUGCAGAGUGGGAGGAACACCCAGGCAGCAAAUAAUAAGGGAUUUGGCCCAGGAGCUGGCGGUGUUCCCAAUGGACAGGGUGCUAAAAGCAAUGGGUACAUUGGCGGACCCGGGAGCUACCUUGGAGCAAACCUGGGCGCUGGGGGCUAUGGAGCAGGCCUGGGACAGGGAGCGUACCUGGGUGCUGGAGCUGGCAAACUCGGAGCAUGUCCCUCUAACUCUUUCUUUCUUUAAAAAAACAAAACAAAAAAACAUCCCAGCAGCUGGUCUCGGACAGGGUGGGUAUCCUCAAGGUGUUGCAGGAAAGACAGCUGGCUAUGGUGAUGGAGCGGCGGGAUACGCUGGUGCUGGGGCCGUCAACAGCUUGGGUGCAGAUGCAACCGCUGAUUCAAAAGCGCUGUCUACAGGUUAUGGGACUGAUUACGGCGCUGGCAGCAAUGGCUAUGGAGCCGGCCUCGGUGCAGGAGGUUAUGGUGGGCAGGGCCAAGCGGCCUUAGGGGCUCUCGGCGCAGGAAUGGAAUCAACCGGUGGCAAAUAUGGUGGAGUUGGUCAGCCCCCAUAUGGUGGAGCUCCAGUGAUUCCUACUGGCCUGGAUGGUGAUGGUGGCUACCCGUACAGCGCUCAGCAUCUCAGCCUGGGAGCCGACGCCGGUAAAACCAGCAAAUAUGGCUAUGCCGGACAACUGGGCACGGGUCAAGACGCCUAUGGAGGGCAGGGUGGCAAAUAUGGCGGACUCAACGGUCUUGGAAAUGGAUACAAAGCGUCAUGA